AUGUCGACGAGACCUACCCUGAGGGUGUCGACACCCCUCACCGCAAACUUCCCCCACAUCCCGCCAUCCGCCUCGGAGCUCCGGUCUGCCGUAUCGUUGCCGUCGGCCGUCUCCGCUGGCACACCCCUAUCCGCUAUCUCGCGGACAUCGGCGUUUCGGGACCCCAUCCCUUCCUCCGGGCUGCCCUCCGCGGGGCUUCCCUCUGCCGGCCCCUUCAGCGCGACAAUCAAACUGGAGCAUGACCUCCUCAAGACGCCCAUUACCCCCCCUGUCGCCUAUCUGGACUUCCUCAAGGGCAUGUCCCUGGUCUCGCCGUGCCUUGCUUCGCCACCCCAAACAGGGAAGUCGGUGUUGAACCGAACAAGCACAGUAAGCACCACUAGCAGCACGAGCAGCGCACGUAGCAACGACAGCAACGAGAGCAACGCAAGCAACUCCUCUACCGAGACGGAGGAUUCCGAGAAGGAGAAGGGCGACCAGAUCGAGAGCGCGCCGUCAACGGCCCGGUCUGAACUGAGCUGCGAGUGCGACGGGGAGAAGGAGAAGGAGAAGACGAAGGGCUCCAGGCCCGCGCCAAUAGAUACGAAGAAGCCCGUCACACCCCGUGGUGGCCCUAACUGCCCGAUGUCCGCACCACCCGCCGGACCGACAGUAUUCCCCAGUAUGAAGCUGCCCGCCUCACCCGCCGUUACCACAGCCGGCAUCUACUCGCCAAGGUCGCCGCUCAGUGCCGCAUCUGUGAGGUCGGCCUUUGACUGGGAAGCCGCCCUCAAGUCGAGGCGAUUCGCCGAGACCCCAGGCUCAAAACGCCCCGCGGAGCCGGAGACACCCGGUCUCCAGGCCACUGCUGGCACGCCCGGAACACCAGGACACAGCAAGCGGGAGUCGAGGUCCAGCGUACGACACAUCCGGGAGGUUGUCACGCGCACAGUUACCUACACGCCCAGGAUGGCGCCCGCGCCCAAGGGCAAGAGGAGGAAGAUCGACGCCGACACGGCCGUCAAGUCAUGA